AUGGCGAUGACAGGUUUUUCCUCUAUUGACCGGUGUGCUCAGAGGAUGUACAUCUGCUUAACCCUUUCCCUGGUCCUGGUCGUCGCAGCGGUCGGUCGCGGGGACGAAUGCCCCACUUCCUGCUACUGUGCCGAGGGAAAAGCGGACACGGCAUCGUGCGCAGGCUCUGCCCCCGAGGAAGCUCCACCCUUCUCCACCCUCCCUACCUCCAUCCUCCACCUCGAGGUCCGAUCCUUCUAUCUUCCUCGACUCACGCGAGAGGGCUUCCGCGGACUGGGGAAUCUGACGGAGCUGAAGAUCGAACACUGUGGGAUCCAGAGCGUUCGCGACACGACCUUCGACGACCUCUCUCGCCUCGUCCGGCUGGACUUGAGUCACAACAACAUCACGGAUCUCCCAGAGACCAUAUUCUCCCAGCUGAAAAGUCUUCGCUCCAUCGAUCUGUCCUUCAACAACCUCACAAACAUCGACCUCAUGUUUCUGGGGCUCAAGAGUUUGGAACAACUGAAUCUCAAGGAGAACCAGAUCGGAAGGCUCACUCAAGAUUCCUUCCACGGUCUGGAGAACCUCCAGUACCUGAACUUGGACAGGAAUUCCAUAUCCUUCAUGGAAGCAUCUACGUUUAUGGAACUGCCGAGCGUAGCCCAUUUGAUCCUGAGUCGAAAUCCCCUACCCGGCAUCAAGAGUCUUCAACAAUUCGGCACCAAACUGCAGUACGUGGACCUGAGUGACCUUGGGCUGAUGGAAGUACCCGAGAACAUGGCCCCGAGCAGCCUGAGGGACUUUCGACUCUCGGGUAACAAUUUAACAAAGAUCUCUAAAAAGGACUUCAAGAGUUAUCCAGCCUUGAGUCUUCUGGUCCUUGAUGACAAUCACAUUCAGAGCAUCGAGGAGAACGCUUUCGCUUAUCUCAGCUCGUUGACCAAAUUCUGGCUGAAUGGGAACCAGCUGAGGAAGAUCCCAGUUGGACUACCGGUUUCCCUCAAGGUGCUAUAUAUCGAGGAAAACUGGCUCCAGGAGAUCCCAGCCAAUGCCUUCUCGGGGCUCUCUCAACUCGAGCAACUGUUCCUGCAGAGAAAUCGCAUCGAGGAUCUUCGAUUCUGUAGUUUCUGCGACCUUUGGAGACUGAAGAACUUGGACCUUCAAGGAAAUUAUAUCCAAUUCCUCACUGACGGGGCUUUCAAGAAUCUUUCGCAAUUGGAAACUCUGGAUAUGUCGCAAAACCCUUUGAAGGAAAUUGCAGAACAUACGUUCCUGCCUCUCGGAAAUCUUAAAGUCAUCCAACUAUCCGGAAUCGGAGACGAUGUGUAUUUCACCGCUUCGGUUUUCCAUCCGUUGAAGAGCCUGGAGAUUCUGGAGUUAUUCAACAGCCCGAAAUUGACAGCGGACUUCUUGGCAUCCACGUCCGCCCUCGCGGAAUUGGGUAAAACCGUCCGGGAACUCAAUAUCAUGCACAACGAACUACGGGAUCUGAGACGAGACCUAUCGGACUUCUUCGUCCGCUUGGAAACCUUCAAGAUCGGCGGGAAUCCCUGGGACUGCCAAUCCGUGAACAUGUCUCGCCUCCUCCACUGGAUCAAGGAACGCGAAGGGAUCUUCUACCGCACGAAUUCGAUUCGUUGUGCCAGCCCCACUGCGUUGGCCCAGAAGCCGUUGUCCUCCUUCCAAGACGGUGAUCUCAACGAAUUGAUUCGAGCUCGAAGCGCGACGGAAGCCGCGACUCCCUCAGGGACGUCCGAGACCCAGUCCCAGCCGGAGACGGAGUCACCGCGGAUUCCCGCGGAGCAGCAGAUAUCCUGCAUUAUAGCAAUCCUUCAAGAAGUGGCGCGAGCGUAUGGGUGCAGUAUUUGGUAUCGAGUGGACACCUAA